UGAGUUCUAAAUACUCUUUACCAAACUCUAGCCUUAAAAGUGCAUCAACCGAUUUGAUAAGAUUUUAAACUAAUGUUUGCAUUUAACAUUUAAAGUGUAAUAGUUUAUUAGUAUGCAUUAGUAUGAAAACUAAUGUACUACAAAUAAGUAACGUCUCAUAUUGUUGGACAAAUGAUUUUUGUUUAAACAUGGACGACGUGCAACAGAAAAAUGCACCAUAAAUAAUGCGCAAAAAGAAAUGCGCAUAUCUCCAAUUACUCAAUAAUUUCAACCAAUCAGAAUCGUCGAUUCUAUGUGUUCAAAAACCUCUUCCUGGUCCAUUAGUUUUUCUUAGUACAUAUCCUACAGUGACGACACGUAAUGUGACGAGUUAAUAGUAAUUUGUUUCUCAAUCGAAUGAAAUCAAAUUUCAUGACUCGGCGAUGACAAAUUACGAAACUGAUUCGGAUUGAAGAACGGACACGUCUGUCGGAUUUCUUGUAUUUUCUUCAAAAAUACUGCUAUCUUUUAAACGAUUUCUACUUUUACUAAUCAAUUCUUGGGCCUUUAGAAAAACUUGUUCGACUGAAACGGAAGUUGCCAUUAUACAUAAAUGUCUUCAGACAAAAGUCAAUUCGUGAAAUAUCAAACGAGUAUCGAUACUUUGGAAAAGUUUCAAUGAAACUUCAAUUCAAUACAGUAUUGGUUUUGGUAUCAUUUUAAGAAAUCUCGAUAUCGAAAAGUGAUUCUAAUUGUAUCUAAAAUUUCUAUAUAUAUCGAUAUCUGCUAUUAAGUACUUUGAUAUCGAAUUGACUGAAUAUCAUGAAUAUUUUCAAUAUCGAUCCCAUCAAUAGGUACGAGCACUCCUCUGCACCUUUCUGCAUUCCCACUCUGCUAGAUCACGGUGGACAGUGUAAGAACUAAGAAGUGUCAACGGUGGUAUUUACUGUACGCGCGCGUUCGUUGAUAAGUUUUUGGUUAUAAAGGCAUUUAUUCCAUUUAAAAAUGGGGAAAGGACGUAGACAGGUACGGAACACUUAUUCAUAAACGCAACGCCUGCUUUUAUUUAUUAUAAAAUAAUAAUACACGAAAGGUACAAAUUUGAGAAAUAAGAUGAACAUAAAUGCAGCAUUUGAAAAAUAUUACAAAACUCAGGGAAUUGUACCAGAUAACCACUGGGACUUAUUUAUGACUAAGAUGAAAAGGAAACUGCCAAUAUCUUUUAGGAUUAAUGGAUCCAGAAUAGAAGCUAAGAAAUUACUUGAGAUUCUUCAGAGGGAUUUUUUGAAUGUAAUUCUAAAUGUCAAUCGUAAAAACAAAGAAAAAACAGAGACAUUACGUUGUCUGCCAUUUUAUCCCGAUUGCUUAGCUUGGCAGUUAUAUUGGACUGGGAGAAAGCUACAUAAAUUGUUAGUUACUGAAGAAUUUUGUGGAAACGUCAUACGACAAGAAGUGGCUACCAUGAUACCACCUUUAUUAUUAGAUAUGAAACCUUCACAUAAGGUUUUAGAUAUGUGUGCUGGAUUAAAUACAUUUCAGCUUAUAGAAAUGCUACAUUCAGGUGAGGAGAAUGGUCUGCCAGAGGGUUUUAUAGUAACCAAUAGUUUGAAGAUUAGUCAUUGUCACCGGAUUAUAGAUCAAUCGAAGUUCCGCAAUAGCCCAUGUACUUUAAUAACAAAUCACGAUGCUUCUAUUUUUCCUAAUUUAAUGCUGGCAAAAUCAGAUGAUGCUAAAGAAGACUUAAAAUUUGAUAGAAUACUUGCUGACGUACCCAGCAGUGAAGAUGGUGCAAUAAGGGGAAAUUUUAUUAAGUGGCGUAAGUGGAGUCCAGCUGAUGGUAACGAUCUUCAUGAAGUUCAAUAUAGGAUAGCGAGGAGAGGCUUGGUCCUAUUAACAGUGGGUGGCAGAAUGGUAUAUUCCACUCGCUCAUUAAAUCCAAUUGAAAAUGAAGCAGUUUUACAUAGACUUCUCCUUGAGACUAAAGAUUCUGUUCGUAUAGUUGAUGGCAGGGAUUUGGUUCCUGGAUUAGUAUGUGAUCCAGGUCUGUCACGUUGGUUUCUGGCAUCGAAAGAUUUAAAAUAUUAUUUAUCAUGGGAACGGGAUCUGCCCACAGAAGUGCAACCACACAUGUUUCCACCAAAAUCAAAGGAUGCUGCCAAAUUCCAUUUUGAGCGAUGUAUGAGGAUAUUACCACAUCACCAAGAUACGAGUGGUUUCUUCAUGGCCAUUUUAGAAAAAGUAAAACCAUUACCUUGGGAAUCGAAUCAGAAUCAGUGUGAAGCUAAGGAAAACUCUGAAGAAUUAAAUCUGAAUGAAGAGGCAGAUCAUCAAAAAUUAAAUCUGGAUGAAGAGGCAGAUUGUCAAGAAUUAAAUCUGGAUGAANAGGCAGAUUGUCAAGAAUUAAAUCUGGAUGAAGAGGCAGAUUAUGAAGAAUUAAAUCUGGAUGAAGAGGCAGAUUGUCAAGAAUUAAAUCUGGAUGAAGAGGCAGAUUAUGAAGAAUUAAAUCUGGAUCAAGAGGCAGAUUAUAAAGAAUUAAGUCUGGAUGAAGAGGCAGAAGAUGAUGAAGAGGUAGAAGAAGAUAAAGAUCACCAAUUUGUUUGUAGGAAAAGAAAAUUAAGUGAUGAUCAGGAUCCUUCAGAUCUGAAUAUGGAACUCAAAAGAGCUAAGGAAGAGCUUAGCGAAGAUCGAUUUGUUUUCUUGAAAGAUGAUCAGGAGGGUAUCUACUGGACAUCAAUUAAGGAUUUCUAUGGUAUAACUGACGAAUUUGAUGCUAAUUUAUUAGUAAGAGAUACGCGUGGUAGGAAAAGAGGCAUUCACUAUAUGUCACCCGAAAUUCGUAACGUUUUUGUUUCGAAUAAGGAUGAGAUGAAAUUGAUAAGUAUUGGAGUGAGAGCAUUUAUGCUUAAAAAAAAACAAAAGUCCAUUCCCCGGUAUAGACUUACGUUCAAUGGGCUAGAGUUUCUUAUCAAUUAUGUUAGUGAUACCAAAAAAUUUCCAAUAAAUAGGAAAGAUUUGGUAACAAUAUUGCUAAAUAUGGAUGCUAGGAGAGCAGGCGAAACAGUAACGCUUGAUCCAGAUACAGAAGAAUAUUUAAAAGCUCUCAAAUUAGAAAACAGGAUAUUAAUUUAUGAAGAAAUGGGGACUGAUUAUGAGAAUCCAUUGAAAUUAAAUAUAAUAGGAUUCGAGGAUACUAUACCUCCCAAGAUUCGUAAACCUGCAUAUCAUGUGAAGCAUUAUUUAUGUUUGCUGGGAGAUGAUUGUUCAAUGUUCGAUAGGAGAAAAUACAAGCAUCGCGCCAAAGGAACAGAAGUUGAAAUUCAACCAGAAAUGAUUGAUGAAGUAAAUAUUGAUGAAGAUAGUUCCGAUUAGGAAAAUAAUUACUAUGUAUAAUACUUCUUCUAUAUUCUAUAUAUGAUACUUUUCUUACUUAAAAAUUUGUAUUCGAAAUACAGGAUAUUUCGGAAACAACGAAUUGAAAACUGUCAAACGAAUCGAAAGAAUAACACACAAUUCUUUAACGUAAAUUUCUGUUUCUUUAAUGUGAUUAUAAAUAUCGGCAGCAUGUUUUAAGAGUAAAAAUUGUUAUUUUAUUUGAUUCGUGUAUAAUGGUGCUCUACUCGUCUAAAAAGAGAGUCAAGACGGGUUAUGUUUAACAUGGUAUGAUUAAACUCACUACAAUAAGAACGAAAAUAAAUUACUUCUAUGGUACAAACAGUUA